AUGAAGUUUCUUCCAUUGCCAGAAUUCGAGGACGUGACCAGUUCUCUCAAUUUCGAUACAACCGACUGUCACAUCGUCGGUGGAUGCGACAUUUACACUACGAAGGCCGCCCGCUCGGAUCGGAAGCUCUACAAUCACAUCGAGCAAUCCCUUGAAGCUCAAUAUGAAUCAGUUCUUCGAUUUUCCGCGUCACUUUCACCUCCAAAUGCUCACGAAGCCGCCGAGACCCUCAAUCUAUCGCGGUCUAGUCCGUUCGGCCCCCUGAGCGACCACUCGAGUCGACGGACUUUCGCUUAUCUGAUUGCUACUCUCAACGCCAGCCACCCGGACUACGACUUCUCACAAGUUCUGCGCCCGACGGAUUUCCGACGCGAGCGGAAUCUUAAGCGGGUCAUGAAUUCAGUUGACUCAACGCUCUUGAAUCUGCGACCGCGCGAGAAUAUCAACUUGUCUCCCGCAUCACCCACCACACUUUCCGGAUCUUACACCGGAGGAUCAUCUUCCUCACGGGGUCCACGUAUUUGGAAAACAAUCGAUGAACACAUGUCGCUGAAGGAGUGUUCAAUCUACUCCUAUCUGCCGGAAGAAGACCCUUCCGAUGCCGACGAUGGGGCCAUCUGGAGUCUCCACUAUUUCUUCUUCAACCCACUCCGCAAGCGCGUCUGCUACAUCUAUCUGCGCGCGAUCCCCAUCCUCAGCCACACUCCCGACGACAUGGUCGCUACGCCUAAUGCCAAGCGGACCUACGAUGAUGGAUAUCUCACACCGGACCUGAGUUCCAGCAAGCGGGCCAAGUUCUGGUUUGGCGAACGCGCUAGAUCCACUCUUAUCGCUAGCGAUAGCGAUGACGAAAUGGAUCGUCCUUCUAGGAACCGACCUUCCGUGGGUGGAUACGAUACGUACAUCGUCAGUGAUGAAGAGGAUCACGUCCCUCGACGUGGAGUGCGUGCUAUGAGCGAGGAAAUCGCUGACUCGAUGGAGGUCUAA